CAAGAUGGCUGCCAAUGACUGAAUGAUAUCUAUUUAUAAAUCUAGAUCUCAAUUUUUAACUAUUUCCGAUUUCAGAAAAGAAAAUACUGAAAAUAAACGUAACUUUGUACACCUAACUCCAAAGACAGUAAAGAUCUAGACUAGAUUUGAUUGAUUUGAUCAUUAAGAUCUUGACUUUUUUUAUUAAAGAAACACAUCUAGAUUUAGAUCUAGAUCUAUAAUUAUUUUUUUUGAAGUGUUGCAAAAUGGAGUCUAUUCUAGAGCAACAGCGCAGAAACCAUGAGGAAAGAGAAAGACUCAUGGAAGCAAUGACAAGUGAAAUGUUGCUUCAAAAGAAAACUUUGAGAGAACACAUUAACUCAGAUCACAGAUUGAAAAUUCUGCAUGAUAGAUAUUUAGAAACUACCCGGGAACUAAAGGAGCUGUAUGAAGAUAAAGAUGGUGUUCGAAAGGAAGAAAUCCAAAAUUUGGCAGGGCCCAAUGAGUAUGCUGAAUUUAAAAAGAGACUAAAUGCCAUAGAGGAUUUCUAUCGUCAACAUCCAAAUGAGGUCAGCAUUCCCAUGUCCAUAGAGUUUGAUGAGUUAGCAAAACUGAGGGAGAAUCCACCAGAUGAUGCUCAAAAUCUGGUUGAUUUUACUGAUGAAGAAGGUUAUGGUAAAUACCUAGACUUGCACAAAUGUUAUGAACUGUAUUUGAACUUGAAAGGGGUUGAGAAAAUAGACUACAUUACAUAUUUAUCCACAUUUGAUCAUCUUUUUGACAUACCAAAAGACAGGAAGAAUGCUGGUUACAAAGACUAUUUGGUUGCUUUAUUGGAGUACCUUGGAGAAUAUAUGAGCAAGAUCAAACCUCUUACAGAUCUAACAGAGGAAGUGGAACAAGUUCAAGCAGAGUUUGAGAAAAUGUGGGCUGAAGGAACAUUUCCUGGUUGGCCUAAAGAAGCUUCUGGUGCCUUGACUCAUUCUGGUGCUCACCUGGAUCUCUCUGCAUUCUCAUCAUGGGAGGAGCUAGCAUCUUUGGGUCUGGAUAGAUUAAAAUCUGCACUGAUGGCACUUGGUGUUAAGUGUGGAGGAACCCUUGAACAGAGAGCACAGAGGUUGUUUAGCACCAAAGGCAAAAAUCUUGAUGAAUUAGAUCCAGCUUUAUUUGCUAAAUCUAAACCAGGAAAAUCUGGCAAGGCUGCCAAGACAAAAGACUCAGAGAAACAGAAAGAAAUAGCUGCCCUAGAGGCUCAAGUGUACAGGCUAACAGAUUUGUUAGGAGAGCAAAGGCUAGCCACAAGAGACAAUGUCCAGCGAAAGCAAGCCCAGACUGGGGAAGAGAGGGAGGAGUCUGAUGAAGAAAAGUUUGAAGAGUCAGACUCUGAUAAUGAUGCAGAUGAAGCCCCUUAUAAUCCCAAAGAUCUUCCCUUGGGUUGGGAUGGAAAACCCAUUCCUUACUGGCUGUACAAACUUCAUGGUCUAAACCUCACCUACACUUGUGAAAUCUGUGGUAACCAUCCUUACAGAGGACCUAAAGCUUUUCAAAGGCAUUUUGCAGAGUCUCGACAUGCACUAGGUAUGAGAUGUUUAGGAAUACCCAACACAGCUCACUUUGCCAAUGUAACAUCCAUCGAAGAUGCUUUAGCUUUGUGGACGAGAAUCAAGUCUGGUAAAGAAGCUGAGAGAUGGAAAGCUGACACUGAGGAGGAAUAUGAAGAUUCUCAAGGAAAUAUUAUCAAUAAAAAGAUGUACACUUUACUGAAAAAAGAAGGCAUUCUGUAGACUAGACUUUUUUGUUUGUUAAUGGCAAUGUUUUUUAUCAAUACAUUCAUUUUUUUCCUCCUCUAA